AUGCAAAAGUUACCCGACUCCGUGGAUAAAAUAUGGCAGACGCUGAAACCGUGCGGAUUUUACCAGGUCAGUCAGCUGGCGUACGUACUGACCGGUCUGGGUCAGAUAGCCGCCGUCGUCUUGAUCUACGUCAUCAUAGGACACGUCCCUGAUUUUACAUGCAGUCCCCUGCAAGAACCGUUGUCACAGUAUGGGUUUACUGAUGCUGGAGACAACAGCAGUACAUACGAGAUUACUUAUGGGAAGUGUGAAAUUUCUGUACUAGCAAACACAACCAAUGGUACCUCCCAGGACGAAUACAUUCUCCCUUGUAGGGAGGGAUAUUCCUUCGAUAAAAACGAAGGAACGACAAUUAUCUCCGAGUGGAACCUUGUGUGUGACCAGUCAGGAGUUGGCGAGCUCGGUCAGACCCUUGUCAUGACUGGUCAGAUCGUCGGGGCUACUCUGUUCACCUCCCUUGCUGACCGUUAUGGCCGAAAACCGGUGUUUGUAUCCACACAUCUGCUCCUAUUUAUCAUGAGUCUCUCUCUCACAUUUGUUCCAACGUUUGUCGUGUUCGCCAUCAUGCGCUUCGUUAUUGGCGCACUUCAACAGGGAAUGGGGCUGGCGAUGUCAAUUAUCACACUUGAGAUAGUACCACAACAAUACAGAGGAUUGGUUGGUGCUCUCGGGCAGUUCGCGUGGACAGCGUUUGUUGUCAUCUUAGCUGGCAUAGGAUACUUCAUGCGGAACCUCUCGUGGCGGUACAUCCAACUUGCAACCGCUCUGAUGUCGUUCCACGCUCUUGCAUCGUAUUGGAUAAUCGAUGAAUCUUUAAGAUGGCUGAUUGCAAACAAACGAAAAGACGAAGCCUUGAAAGUAAUUCGGAGAGUAGCAAGGCUUAACAAAGUUAGCGAAGCUGAUGUUGCGGGGGUGACUCAACUACUUUCCGAUGACCAGGAAUUGACCAAUCUUGUGUCUUGUAACAACCGAGCACAUCCUGCCCUUCAGCCUUUAAAUGGGAAUGCAGGCAAUUUCGAUGAAAACGAGGACGAUACACACACCGUGGAGACGAGGCUGUCGGAGAGUGUUGAUAAACCUACUUUUAUAGACUUGUUCCGACACAAACUGCUACUGAAACAUUCCCUGAUACUAUGGUUUAUCUGGAGUACGAACAGUAUGACGUAUUUUGGUUUAUAUCUGACGUCAACAUCUCUAACCGGGAAUCGCCAUCUGAAUUUUUUUCUUAACGGACUGGUGGAGCUUCCGGGAGGAUUCUUGUACGCUAUUCUUGUUAACAGAAUAGGCCGGAAGAAAUGCAGCAUUCUGUUCCAUGCUAUGACGGGAGUGGCUCUGAUUGUGUCAGUAACCCUACUGGAGAUCACAGGUGAUAAUGUAAACAGUCCUCUUGCGAUCCUGUCAACAGUCCUGAACUACGUCGGUAAACUUGGAAUUGCAUCUUCCUUCGCCUUGCUAUUUCUUUACACUCCCGAACUCUACCCGACCAAUCUCAGAAAUGUUGGUCUGGGGUUGUGUUCGUCAGCAGCUCGCAUCGGGGGAAUGAUUGCUCCAUAUUCCAACAUAUUCGCGUCACACGUGAUUUGGGGCCCAGGUGUGGUUUUUGGUAUUUGUUGUAUCAUUGUCGCCUUUCUUACCAUUCUGCUACCCGAGACGAACGGGAAGGAGCUGCCACAGACUGUCGAAGAUUACAACGAUUGGGUUAAACAAAAACCGAAAACGGCAGACAAGAUAUAG